AUGUCAGCUCAAGCAGAUGUUCAGCUCAGAGAUUUCAAGAGCCUCUUCUCGCUCAAUGGCAAGGUAGCUGUUGUGACAGGAGGAUCACGAGGCUUGGGGCUACACGCUGCCUCUGGUCUCCUCCAAGCCGGCUGUUCCAAAGUCUUCAUCACAUCCCGAAAAGCCAAGGCGUGCGAAGAGGCUUGCGAAGCCCUCAAUGCCCUUCCCUGCAAUGGAAAGGCCAUUUCAAUACCUGCCGACUUGGCGAAGCUUGGUGAGGUCGAGAGGCUAGUGAAAGAGGUCGAAAAGCAUACAGACAAGGUAGACAUCUUGUUCGCGAACGCAGGAGCUACUUGGGGUGCACCGUUCGACGAGCACCCAGAGAAUGCCUUCCAGAAAGUCAUGGACUUGAACGUGAAGAGUGUUUUUGUCUGCUCGCAGAAAUUCGCACCUCUCCUCCGCAAAGCAGGCACGGUCGAAGAUCCAUCACGAAUCGUGAUCACAGCCUCGAUAGCUGGCAUUGGCAUCGGCACUCUGGGAGCCAACGCAACCUUUGGCUACAGCGCUUCGAAAGCGGCCGUCCUCCACCUGGCUCGCAACCUGGCUGCUGAGCUGGGCCCUCAGAACAUCCUCACCACGUCCAUCGCACCUGGAUUCUUCCCCACCAAGAUGGCCAGUGGGCUGAUGGAGAUGACAGGUGGAGUCAAGGCACUGGCAGAUGCCACUCCCAACAAGAGAUUGGGUAUGCCUGAAGACAUUGCGGGAACCGUAGUCUACUUGUGCUCGAGAGCUGGCAGCCAUGUCAACGGCGGACACAUUGUGCUGGAUGGUGGUUCUGUGGUGGCUACUUCGAAGCUGUAG